AUCGGCAAAAUGGCUUCUUUAACUCCUACAAUACCACGACCUUCAACCACUACUGAUUCCUUCUUUUCUUUCUUCCCAAGCAAAUCUCCGAUUUCAUUUGCUCCAAAACUUAAUCGUUUAUCUAAACGUAGAGUCUCAUGCAAAGCCACUAAAGGCGACCAGUCUCCUCUAGGAAAAUUUGAUAGGAGAAAUGUGCUUAUUGGUCUAGGAGGACUAUAUGGGGUAAAUGGGUUGGGCUCCAAUUCAUUCUCCAUUGCAGCUCCGGUGGCGCCACCGGAUCUUUCCAACUGCGGACCACCAGAUUUGCCUUCCGGUGCAAAACCAACAGAUUGUUGCCCUCCAAAAUCCGAUAAGAUCAUAGAUUUCAAGCUACCUCCGCAAUCGAAUCAAUUGCGAGUUAGGCCAGCUGCUCAUGUAGUAGACAAGAAUUAUAUAGAAAAGUAUUCCAAAGCCAUUGCUCUAAUGAAAGCUCUGCCCGAAGACGAUCCACGUAAUUUUACGCAACAAGCUAACAUCCAUUGCGCUUACUGCGACGCAGCUUACGAUCAAGUUGGGUUCCCAGACCUUGAGCUUCAAGUUCACAAUUGUUGGCUCUUCUUCCCCUUCCACCGCUACUACUUAUAUUUCUACGAGAAGAUCUUAGGGAAGCUUAUCAACGAUCCUACCUUUGCUUUGCCAUUUUGGAACUGGGACUCUCCUCCAGGCAUGCAAUUACCUGCAUUGUAUGCCAACUUGAAAUCGCCACUCUACGACACUCUUCGAAACGCCGGCCACCAACCACCAACGCUUCUCGAUCUCGACUAUAAUGGUACGGAUGAGACGACAACAAAACGGGAUCAGCUCACCAGCAAUCUCACAAUCAUGUACCGGCAAGUGGUGUCCAACGGCAAGAACCCUAAGCUGUUCUUCGGCGGUGCUUUCCGAUCUGGCGAAGAACCCGACCCGGGAGCUGGUUCCAUUGAGAACAUUCCUCAUGGUCCUGUCCACCUAUGGAGUGGGGAUAACACUCAGCCUAAUCUUGAGAACAUGGGGAACUUCUAUUCCGCCGCUAGGGAUCCGAUGUUUUUUGCACACCAUUCGAACGUCGAUCGGAUGUGGACGAUAUGGAAAACGUUAGGAGGCAAAAGAAAAGAUAUCACUGAUCCGGAUUGGCUAAAUGCCGGGUUUCUUUUCUACGAUGAGAACAAACAGCUUGUUCGUGUUAAAGUCAGAGAUUGCCUUGAUGAGAAAAAGCUUGGCUAUGUUUAUCAAGAUGUGGAUAUUCCAUGGCUGAAAACCAGACCAACUCCUCGUAAAUCGAAGCUGAGCAAAGUAGCAAGUGCUGUUAGAGCACUCGGUGUAGCUCAGGCUGCCGUAUCAAAGAAAACGGUGACGACGACCGAUUUUCCGGUGAUAUUGGAUUCGGUGAUAAGGACCGUGGUUGAUAGGCCGAAGAAGAAGAGGAGAAGCAAGCAAGAAAAGGAAGAGGAAGAAGAGGUCUUGGUGAUCGAUGGGAUUGAGUUUGAUAGAGAUUUGCCGGUGAAAUUUGAUGUUUAUGUGAACGAUGAAGAUGAUUUGCCCAGCGGACCGGACAAGUCAGAGUUCGCGGGGAGUUUUGUGAGUGUUCCACGUAAGCAAAAGAAUCAGAAGAAGUUGAAAACUUGUUUGAGGCUAGGACUGACGGACUUACUGGAGGAUUUGGAAGCUGAAGAUGAUGAUAGUGUGGUGGUGACUUUGGUCCCAAGGACUGGGAAAGGACUCGUCAGCAUUGGUGAACUCAAAAUUGAGUUUGCUUCUUGAUCUUUAACCCAUUAGUUGUUAUAGGGUUAAUAUUGGAAUGUGCAGAGAAAGUGACCAAAUGGGAUCCGAUCAGGAUUAUGUAACAGGAUUUCUGGUUUUACGUUUUUGGUAAUAUAUAGUGAUGAACAUAUGUGGGUAGGCUUAU